CUCUACCGAACGAUAAUACAAUUGUCUUACUCGCGAGAACUACUGUACAUACUGCGCCCUGACUAGACUACGGACUUCCACAACAUUGCUAACAUGGAAGAUGAAGGUUACAUCUUCAUGACAAUUAUUCGCACCGCGUCAAGUCCGAAGUCCGUCCUGAUCACUUGGCUCUAGCUUUAGGAACGGCAGCUAUUGCCAAUGCCGUCACGCAGCCUGUGCAACAUUGCUUUAUUCCUGGAGCAGGUAUGCCCGCCGGUCCCCACAGAUACAACUACGCACGGCUCUGCUGCAGUGCUGGGAUGUCAUUCGUCGUCUGUGCGCUGUGCACUCUCCGCCAUCACCCGAGUCUUCAAGUGCCUACUUCAGUGACCACUCAGGUACUGACCUCCUACACACCACCAGAUAGCACCUGCUGUAUAGAAAUGCAAAGCCGGAGCGCGUGUCGAAACCCCUUCGACUUCAUAAUCAAUUCCAGAGGCGCCUUGCAGCUGCUAUUGGCUUGCGUACAGGAAAGGGCACCCACCCUCGCCGAUAACACUACGCUAGUUAUUGAGCCUACUCAUUACGACAGCGGUGAUUGGCUUGCGCUUUCCUUAGCAUCAGAUGUUAUCGAUAUCGGGAGAGUGCGAUCGGCUCGCAACCGCGUUAUUCCCCAACCGCUGGGGUUUGACAACGGCCACUUCGUUCUCCAGCUGAACGGCGCACAGGUUGACGUACGCCAUCAGCAUCUCGAACUGUGGGUUUUUGCCAUCUACCACUGUCUCGUUGUAGUCUCUACAAUUAGCUUCGUAUUUUCAUAACUCUCGCUUUUCUCCUGUCAUUUUGAUCUAUCCCUCCUGCCUGCUUUAAUCAAGUGGUAUUUGCAAACGAUCAGCUGCUCCACACGCGUUGCAAGCGACGUGCUCAGCUCAACCGUAGCACGGGUUCGUUUCGCGGGUUGUUGCCGAGU